CGCAACAGAGUCGACUGCACAUGACGAACCAUAUGUCGCUAGACGUUCGAGCGAACCGACUUCUGCUGGACACGUCUCUGGACAAACAGAUAGUGACAAUUGGCAGCGAACUCGUUCCAGUCUGAGUAGCUCUAUUGGACCUACAAAAAGAUAUGGAAUGUACGAGUUUAACUGGUCAGGUGGCACGGAAGAUGACAAUAAGGGGGCGUUGGAGAUGAAUUCAAACGCUGAUACUACUAUCGCACCGGGUGUAAAGGCGGCCAAUUUUGACUCUUGGGAGCAUCAAGAAAAGGCCCCAAACUCGCCUGUUCUCAAACCUUUAUCUAUUAAUAGCACUAUAAGUGAACCUCUCGAUCCGCCAUCGUUAGGUGGAAUUCAGGUUACUCAGGUUUCGGUUGUCGAGAUUCACGAAAGGACAGAUGGUUCUGCAGUUAACUCUGUUGAACCGACAAACUUGCCGCAUCGUGGAGAAUAUAAUGGCUGGAAAGGUGAAGCUGAUUGGUUGCCACCUACUUCACGGCGUAACUAUAGGCAUAGGCAUUCGUAUUCCGACUCUGUUAUGAAUGCGACUAUUUCCAAGAACAUUAGCAAAUUACUCAAUGGCUUUAAAUCAACACAAGACCAGACGAGCAAGAAAAAGACACGUCGAAUCAAUUCUCGAAUAUCUGCAAGACGCAACGAAGAGGAUCAAGAUCGACCACUCGACGAAACAAGACGUCUCAGACCAAAGAGACGCACGUCAGUGAUGACACAGGGAAAACCCAAAAGAAAGAGCCUUGCCAUGAACGCUAUCCAACCGCUUACCAAAGUUUCGACCCCGCCAGACGAACUUCAUCCCACCGCUGCUGACGGUAGACAUAUGGUCAGGCAAUUACCUUCCCCUGGCCGCCGUCUUCGUCGCAAUGGUGCAACGAUAUAUCGAAAGCAAACGCGAUCUCCGCGUAACGCCGAGAGAGCCCCGACGUCUAAUCCGGCCUUUACAAAUGAUCCGACAGAUAUCGAUGACGACACUGUACCAACAUACUCGUUGCGAACGCCGUGGGUGCCCAAGCCAAUUCGGCCACCACAGUUGAUCCAUGCUACACUCGUACCUUUGCCAAGGCGUCUUUCACGCAACGGCAGUAGGACGUCAACAAAUCUCGGCAGGCGCGCAAGAUUGAGUACGCUUAAUCCUCGACGACAAUCGAAACUCGUUCCGCCUCCGUCAGUAUCAGUGACAGCAGCUGCCGCUGAUACGCGUACUGGGGCACAGGGAGUAAUGCGUAUACCGUCGACUAGAGUGAGACGCCGCAAGCGUGCAUCGGUCAUCUCAAACGAUACAAAGAGAAGUUCAGUUAUUCAGCGACAAGGGUUGUUGGAGGAUACUAUAAUGAUGUCGGUUAUGGGCGGUGCAUUGGGAGCGGGCCUGCAGAAUGGUUUACUCCAUAAUAUGAAUCCUAAACAAGAGAAACCUUUGAUACGAAAAAGGACUAAAAAGGGCAGUAAUGCCGUUGUGGAAGAUCGCGAAGCGAGACGAGCACUGACUGAGGCUGCAGUGGAAAUGAAUGAUGAAAAAAGCCGCAAGAAUGAAUUUCUAAUGGCACCACCAAGAAAAAUCGGAAACUAUCAUUUCAGCCCUGACUUUACACCCGAUCAUUCGCCCAACAGCUCCUUUUCCUCCUCAGACAACCAACUACCUUCCAAAUUGAUACACACAAAACCCAGCGAGUCACAUGCGUACCCUAGACCACAGAGAAUUCUUACGGAUGUCGACCGUUUCAAAGAGCCCGGAACAACGCACGAGCUAGAUGGCAUGCCUGCCUUGACGUCAAAGUCUACACCCACGUCUCCGACACAUUCGGUGAACGGAAGAAAGCACAAACCGAAUUUGAGUAUUCGUGGCCUGUUCACCAUAAACAAUACCCGUACGUCAGUGCCAUCGUCAACAUAUUCUUCAUCAAUGCAAGCUCCGAUAACGCCCCGACCAACCAAUCCUCUUUCACAAAAGUCAAUACCACCAACACCCAUUGUAGUCCCACCAACGAAAUUUCCUCAAUCGCCCCCGCUUAGUCCCAUAAAGGCUCUUCCAGCUGCAAUAAUUGGUCGAUCGCGGCAGAAGAAUAAUAACGAGUCAAACAUGAACGCGUCUGCAUCGAUAAGUCCCGAGAAACUUUUAAAGAUGCAAAAGUUUGAAGCACUGCUUGCAGCGUCCGAAGCUGCCGGCGACAAGAAACAGCGGGUCAAGAAGAAACGCACGGAUCAAAGCUCGGUGAUAACUAGCACGGUUUCUCCUUUAGAAAUGCCUCUAUCUCCAAUACUGUCACCCAUGUCAUCGGUGCCGCCGAAUUUCGGCAGGAUGGCCCCCGAAAUGCGAAAGAAAGUUGUCAACAUAGGAGGCAUACCGCAUUCCUUGAUUCCUGGCGCGGUUCCACAGCUUCCACCAUUGCACGUUGGUGGUGAUAAUCUAUUGCGGAGAAGUCUGGGAGAUUCGACGAGUGAUAGGCAGUCGAUGAAUUCGGUGGCCAACUCGAUCACAGACUCUGUGACCGGAUCCGUUGCAGAUUCUGUUGCCGAGUCGUUUACGAUACAUUAUCGUCCCGAAGAGAAGGUAGAACUCGCAGCGGCAAAGGUUGGGGAUGAUGGUGUUAUACGGUUGACUUUAACGCCUGCUGUAUGUCGGUAA